AUGACGCUAGUGGCUAAGGAACUGGCGCGAUAUAAGGUGGACAUCGUUGCACUCAGCGAGACCCGCUUCUCCGAACAAGGCCAACUGAAGGAGGUGGAUGCCGACUACACUUUCUUCUGGAGCGGUCGCCCCAGCGCAGACCGACGGGACGCGGACAUGGCUUUUAACAUCCGGAAUGACAUCGUGGGAUUACUGCCCUGUCUGCCGCAGGGCACCAACGAUCGCCUGGUGAGCCUCCCUCUGCAUCUCCAGGGAGGCAACUUCACCACAAUCGUCAGCGUUUACGUCCCGCCGAUGACCAGCCCUGAGGAGACGAGGAACAAAUCCUAUGAGGAACUGCACGCCCUCCUAACGCUUGAGUCGAAGGCGAACAAGUUGACUGUUUAUGGUGACUUCAACAACAGCGUCGACAAAAACCGUGCUGCCUGGAGAGGAGUGCUGGGUCCGCAUGGUCUCGAUGGUGUCAACGACAAUGGGCUGCUCUUUCUACGAACCUGCGCAGAACACCGCCUCAUCCUGACAAACACAUUCUUCUGUCUGCCGGAGCGAGAGGAGGCCACCUGGAUGCACCCUCGGUCGCGACACGGGCACCUGCUGGACUUUUUCCUCUUCCGGAGGCGAGACAAGCGGGACGUGCUGGUGACAAAGGCGAUUCCGGGUGCUGACGGGCGGACCGACCAUCGCAUCGUCAUCUCGAAGAUGCGUAUUCGCCUACAGCCUCGCAGGAGACCACAAGGUAAGCGACUCCCAGGUAAGCUGAAUAUUGCUCUGUUAUGUUUGCUUAUUCACCAUCUCAGUUUCAGAAACGAGCUAGUUCAGCGGCUAGCUAGCUUUCCAGUCGCCGUCGCAGCCGCCGCCAUCGAGGAGAACGCCUCCGUGGAGAACCGAUGGUGCCAACUCCGGGACACAGUCCAGUCGACGGCCCUGACUGUCCUCGGUCGCGCACGCUGCCACAAUCAGGACUGGUUCGAUGAAAACGACGCCGUCAUCAGUAGCUUACUUGCUGAGAAGAACCGACUGCACAAAGCCUAG